AUGAAUCUCUCGCUUUUAGACCCCUUUGCGGUGGCUAAAGAAUAUCCCGACACACUCGCUCAGACGCUUGCAUACGGCCAUUCUACACAGGUACGGUACAGCUAUAAGGGCGACUACCUUGCGUCGGGGCUCAUCGAUGGCAUUAUUCUCAUCAUCGACACGGACACCAACAGCACGAUCCAGGUGCUCCGGGACCACACGCGCGCCAUCACGUCGCUGACCUGGUCGUCCUGCGGACGGUAUUUACUUUCCUCGUCCAAGGAUUGGAAGGUGAACCUGUGGGACCUGGGAACGUGCAAGGUGAUCCGGAGUUACAAUUUCGAAGGGCCCGUCUGGUGCAGCGUGAUGAACCCGCAGAACCACUUUCAAUUUGUUGCGGCGCUGGUGGACAACGAUGCUGUUUUUGCAGACCUCGAGAACGAGCCCAAAAUUGCCAAGCUAGACACCAAUCCGCUGGGCCAGCCAAACACCGUGAAACAGUCUACACUGACGGCUACAAUGACCCCGGACAGUAACUACAUUUUCACAGGUACCAGCAAGGGCUGGCUGAACGUGAUAGACACGCAUAGUCUGCAAAUAGUGCGCUCGUUGAAUGUUUGCAGCUCGAACAUAAAAAAUAUAGAGAUCUCUCCCAACUGCUCGAAAUUGGCCGUCAACUCGAGUGACCGCAUCAUCCGACAGUAUACGAUGCCGGAUACCUCUGCUCCGAUAGAAGACUGGGAGUUUGAGCUUGAAAACCGGUACCAGGACGCCGUGAACCGACUGCAGUGGAACGCGUUGAAGUUCAACCACAACUCGGAAUACAUGUGUGCUUCCACGCUCGGAGCGACUCACGACGUGUACAUCUGGGAGACCGGAAUGGGAUCGCUGGUGAAGAUCCUGGAAGGCUCGAACGACGAGCUGCUGGCUGUUGACUGGAACUAUCGCAAAUGUUCUAUUGUGGCCACCACGAUGGACACCGGCACGCUUUUCAUCUGGUCGGUGGUGAUCCCGCAGAAGUGGAGUGCGCUGGCUCCCGAUUUCGAGGAGAUCGAGGAGAACAUUGAUUAUGAAGAGAAGGAGGACGAGUUCGACUAUGUCGACGAGGACGACAUGAACAAGCAGAUCGAAGAAGAGGGCGACGUGAUCGACGUGAUUCAGCGCGAAAAGGUGGACGCUCGCGGAUUCCCGUUUGUGGACUCGUUUGUGAUCGAGAGCGUGCCUGUUUCGGAGUGACUUUAGCAGCAUUUGCUGGGUUGAGCAGUCGCUAGCGUGAUGGCGUCGUAACUGAGGUCGCCGUACUGCACGCCGCUCGCGGGGUCUUGCGGGUCGAUCUGCCCGAGCUCGAUCUUUGUGACCAGAGAGCCGGCCACGGUCUCGAACACCGUGUCCACAUUGGAAUUGUCUAAAGCACUGGCCGAGACAAACUGGACGGUUCGUCCCAGCAUCACAGAACUGCUGUCGACUAAGCCGGCAAUCUCGCUCCUUGAGACCGCCUCUGGCAGGUCGUUCUUGUUCCCGACGAGCACCACGCACGAAUCGGGCGGUGUCAUGCUUUUCACGUCCUGCAUAAACUCUGAAACGUCCUGGAAACUGGCUCUGGAGCUGAAAUCAAAGACCACCACGACGCCGCUGGCGCCGCGGUAGUACGACCUAGUGAGGGCGCGGAACCGUUCCUGGCCCGCCGUGUCCCAUAUUUGCAACUUCACGCGCGUGCUGCCGUCCACAACGGCCACUUUGGAGGCAAACCCCACGCCGAUGGUCUGGGACACGGCCUUCCAGUCUCGCGAGACGUAUCGGUGAAGUAGCGAGGUCUUGCCGGAACCAGACGAGCCAAUCAGAACGACUUUCGCCAAAUACUCGUACUGCUCGCGCGUCCGUGGGAUGGUCGACCGCGAAUCGAGCGAGGACAAACUGGUCUUUUUCAUGUAAAACAAAUAAUUAUACACACGGCUGUGUAGAUAAGACAAAUAUUAUAUAUAUUAUUUCCAUUU